AUGAUUCUUUCUUAUAUCUUUGGCCUGCUGGUCGCCACGUCCGGCCUGGCCAAGGCCGUUAACAUCACCGGUUACGAAUAUGUCGUCGUCGGUUCCGGUGCUGGUGGUGGUCCCCUAGCCGCCCGUCUCGCUUUGGCCGGCCACAAGACACUGCUCCUUGAGGCUGGUGAUGACCAGGGUGAAAACUACAACUACACCAUUCCUGGAUACUCCGCCAGAGCCUCCGAGGACGAAAAGCUCUCUUGGAACUUCUUCGUUAACCACUACGAAGAUGAGGAGCGCCAGGCUCGCGACUGGAAGGCCAGCUACGACACGCCCGAUGGUCAGAUCUACACCGGCCUGAACCCUCCCGAGGGCUCGACCAUGAAGGGUACCCUUUACCCUCGUACCGGUACCCUCGGUGGUUGCACUGCCCACAAUGCUUUGAUCGCAGUCUACCCCCACCAGUCCGACUUCGAGUACAUUCAGACCCUCACUGGCGAUAACUCCUGGACACCCGAUAAUAUGCGCAACUACUUCACCAAGCUUGAGAAGAACGGUUACAAUCUUCCUAUCGGAGGCGACAAGGGCCACGGCCACGACGGCUGGUUGUCCACCGAAACUGCUCCCCUUAGCAUUGUCUUGGAGGACCCCCAGCUGCUGAGUAUGCUCGCCGGCGGUGCCUUUGCGCUCGGUAACAGCACUGACCACCUUAUGAACAUUGGAACUUUGCUGGUUGGCGAUGCCAAUGCCGAUAAGAAGACCCGUGACACCGAACCCGGCUACUACCAGAUCCCUAUCUCCACUAAUGAUGCCCACCGCAAUGGUCCCCGCGAAUUUAUCAUCGCUGUUCGCGAUGCUAAGAACGAGGAUGGCUCCAAGAAGUACCCCCUUGAUGUCCGCAUGAACACCCACGUUACCAAGGUGACCUUCGAUGAGACCGACACCGAAGGCCUUCCCCGCGCUACCGGUGUCGAAUUCCUCGAAGGUGAACACCUGUACAAGGCCAGCCCUAUGUCAAGAUCCGCUCUUCCUGGUACUCCCGGUUCCGCCACCGCUUCUCGCGAAGUCAUCGUUGCCGGCGGUGUUUACAACUCUCCCCAAAUCCUCAAGCUGAGUGGUGUUGGACCUGCCGAGGAACUCAAGAAGUUCGGUAUCAAGGUCAUCAAGGAUCUCCCCGGUGUUGGCACCAACCUGCAGGACCACUAUGAGAUCUCCGUCCAGGGUAAGAUCGAGAAGGACUUCUCCUGCUUGGACAAGUGUACCUUCAGCAUUCGCGGCGAGGAAGACCCUUGCAUCAUCGACUGGGAGUCUCCUAAUAUCCUCGGUGACCGCGGUAUCUACUCCUCCCCCGGUCUCGCCGCUACUAUGCUGUACAAGAGCUCCGUUGCCGGCGAUGACUUCGACAUUUUCGAAUUCGGUGGCCCCGUCAACUUCCGCGGUUACUUCCCCGACUACAGUAUCAAUGCUACUGAUGAACACAACUGGUUCACAUGGGCUAUUCUCAAGGCCCACCCCCGCAACACUGCCGGUACCGUCGCUCUCCAGUCCGCUGAUCCCCUCGACAUGCCUAAGAUCAGCUUCAAUUACUUUGACUCCGGUGUUGGCGACUACGAUGCUGAUCUCACUGCUCUCUACGAGGCCAUUGAGCUCGCCCGUGAUGCAUUCAAGCGCCAGCCCGUCAACAUCACUGAGGUUCUCCCCGGUGCCGAAGUCCAGUCUGUCGAGGACAUCAAGAACUACGUCAAGGACGGCGCUUGGGGUCACCAUGCCUCCUGCACUUGCCCCAUUGGCGCUGAUGGUGACCCAAUGGCUGUCCUGGAUUCCAAGUUCCGUGUCCGCGGUGUCUCUGGUCUUCGUGUCGUUGAUGCUUCCGUUUACCCCAGGAUCCCUGGUACUUUCACCGCUGUGUCUACUUACAUGAUUGCUGAGAAGGCUGCUGAUGAUAUUCUGAACGAGCUCAAGUCCAGCGCUUAA